UCCUCUCGAACUGCCCUCAUUCAGUAGACCAGUAGCUUUCCCUUCCCUUCUCCUCUUCCCUGCCUCUCUUCUUCCUCCCUCCCUCCCUCCCUCUGUUCUCAACCGGAGAACACGCCAUGUACCGACCCGUCUCCCAUCUUCCGGGCAACGCCCUCUAUUCCUCGCCGGCGCAGCGGUGGCAGGAGGCCUGGGCUCGGUUGCUAGCUCCUUUGACUCUUUGGCUAUGUGUUUCGGUGAGCCUGAGGUACGGGUACUAUGGGGACUCUCGCAUGGUGAUCGGCCCGAGCUCGUCGCGGCUGAUCACGGCGAGCUCAUUGUUCGUGGACCGGGUCGAGGUGCGGGACGAAGCUAGGAAAGGGGUCAGCGUCUAUGGCUUCUCCGAGAAGCCCCAGUUGAGCUACGAGACAAACUGGACGGCGUCGAAUUAUCUGAUCGUGGGCUCUUACAAUCGCAAGAUGGGUUCCUAUGCUGCGGUGCAGGGAUUCAACCUGUGGUUAAACAGAGGUUCGAAAAUCCGAAUGCGAUGGGAAGCUCAGACGAGCCACUUAAAUCAACUGCAAGUCGCUUUGAUUAAAGGGGAGCUUAAGUACGAAACGUUGCAGCCAAGUUUUUCGAGUUCCCCUGAUGAGGCAGCGCUCAAAGAACCAAUUAACUUUAAAGAAGCCGAGUACUAUAUUGAAGAAGAUGACAAAUACUAUGUAAAAGUUGUAAACGCCAAUUCUAGGAGCAUCAUCAUGUCGAUGAGCAUGAACGUUUCAUCAAAGAUAUAUGACACAACAAAGGCAAAGAUUAUGUGCUCGACAUUACAGGGGUCCUGUCAGCUGAAGCUCCUGUUCCCUAAUACUCAGUACGUGGUGGUAACCACACCAAGCAAUGGCGACCUCGGCGAUUGGUACAUCGAGCUCUCUUUCGUGGCUCGUGUCAUAACUUACAUUGCAAUUCUAGGAUUCAUUGUGAUUGUCAUUUUUCUAAUACUGAAGUACCUUGGAGUUUGUGAUGGUGAGAAUGAGGACCAUGUAGACGACACCCCCACGUUUUCUGUUCAGGAAGUGACGGAGACUGCUCCUAUGAUGCCGGAGAAAUCAAGUAGGCCCACGUAUGGAACCAAUGAGGAGGAGGAUGAUGAUGGGGGAUCAUCUAGUAGCUCUUCAGAGGAUUUAUAUGAUGCGAAAUUAUGCGUGAUCUGUUAUGACGACCAAAGGAAUUGCUUCUUCGUCCCUUGUGGACACCGUACUACUUGUUAUGACUGUGCUCAAAGGAUCAUGGAGGGGGAGAGCAAAGUAUGUCCAAUUUGCCGGAGGCUUAUCCGUAAAGUGAGGAGAUUGUUUAGCCCAUAAAUAGAAAUUUGACUGUGUACAUCGCGUGCUCAUCUAUAAGAAGAAGAAAUUUUACAGUCUGGUGAGAGAGAGGGUCAUCUGUUUUUGUAUCCUGAGUCCUCUGUCUGGCUUCUUAAUUUUCUAAUCCAACUCUUCAUUGCCAUUCGACUUGCUGGAUCAAGUUGGCAGGAAUUUUGUGAGGAUUAAAACUGAACUGUUGUUACUAGGAUGAAUUGUGAUUCGUUCAGAAAUAGAAUUCAAUCGGGAAAGGAUAGUCGCAAUUGUAUACUUGAAAA